AUUUUUUGACACUUUUCAAAUUCGACAGAUAACCUUUGAAAAAAAUUACGAAAUAAAUUGAUUUCAUUCAAUAAUCAAUUUUAAAAAUAUAGAAAAUAAAACUAAUAAUCUACCAAUGGCUUCGUUGUCAAGUAUUAAAACUCUUGGUAAUUUUGUCCUAAAGUCUAUCCAAGCACCCGGGCCAGUGCUUCAGCAAGUUCGCACCAAAUACACUGAUUGGCGAAUGAUUAAGGAUGUUAAACGCCGAAAAUUAGUUUGUGAACAUGCAGUCGAUCGUCUACGAGUGAAUGCUUUGCGUAAAAAUGAUAUUCUUCCUGCAGAAAUUCGAGAAAUCGCUGAUGCCGAAAUUGCCGCAUUUCCACGAGAUUCUUCUCUAGUACGUUGUCGUGAACGUUGUGCAUUUACAUCACGUCCUCGCGGUGUUGUUCAUCGUUAUCGAUUGAGCCGAAUUGUUUGGAGACAUUUGGCUGAUUAUAAUAAAUUGUCAGGAGUACAAAGAGCCAUGUGGUAGAGAAUAACAGAAUAAAUAAAUUAAAUAAAAGAAAAACUAGAUUUUUAAAAUUAA